CCUGAUCGAGAGAGAGAGAGCCGCAUCACCGUUUCUCUUCUGCAAAAGACGAGACCCAGAUCGACCUACUCCUCUUCUUCGAUUCGCUUGGAGCUUCAAUUUCUAGCCGCGGAGGGUACGUUUGUUCUGGCUUCAUCGUUCCUCUUCUGCUCUUCUUCUCAAGUCGGAACCUUGGAGCUUGGAGAUUGAAUUUCUAGCCGCUUCAGGGUUUUAUGGGAUUGAAGGAUAGCCUCGAGUGGUUAUUGGCCUUUGGUGUUUGGUGUGCUGCUUAUAUCGCUGUUGGAGCCCUUUCAUCUUUCCCAAUAUUUAACUUUCUCCAUUUCUUUAUCUGAAUCAGCAGCCUAGCAAGCAAAGAAAGCAAACCCAGAUAUCCGAAAAUGGGUUAUGCACAGCUAGUUAUUGGCCCUGCAGGCAGUGGCAAGUCCACUUAUUGCUCCAGUUUGCACCAACACUGUUUAGAUAAUGGAAGGACUCUACAUAUUGUUAACUUAGAUCCUGCUGCAGAGCAUUUUGACUACCCUGUGGCUUUGGAUAUCAGGGAGCUUAUUAACUUGGAUGAUGUUAUGGAGGAACUUGGACUGGGUCCCAAUGGUGGACUUAUGUACUGCAUGGAACACCUUGAAGAUAAUCUGGAUGAUUGGCUUGCAGAGGGAUUGGAGGAUUACCUGGAUGAUGACUACUUAGUUUUUGACUGCCCAGGCCAAAUAGAACUUUUUUCUCAUGUGCCUAUGCUUCGGAACUUUGUGGACCAUUUAAAGAGCAAGAGUUUCAACGUUUGUGCCGUAUACUUGCUCGAUUCACAGUUCAUGACCGAUGUGACCAAGUUUAUCAGUGGGUGCAUGGCAUCUCUUUCUGCAAUGGUUCAACUUGAAUUACCGCAUGUUAACAUUCUCUCCAAAAUGGACCUUGUGACGAACAAAAAGGAUAUUGAAGAUUUCUUGAAUCCAGAGCCCCAAUUUUUGUUGUCAGAGUUGAACAAACGCAUGGCUCCUCAAUUUGCAAAGCUUAACAAGUCUUUGAUGGAACUGGUUGAUGAUUAUAGCAUGGUGAGUUUUGUGCCACUUGACUUGAGGAAGGAGAGCAGCAUAAGAUAUGUAUUGGCUCAAAUUGAUACCUCGAUUCAGUUCGGAGAAGAUGCUGAUGUGAAGGUUAAGGAUUUUGAUCUAGAAGAUCUAGAAAACGACAGCUGAUUAUACAUUUUAACCUUUAAUGUUGCAUCCCCUUAUGUAGCUCGAAAUUUGUGAGAAGUGAAGGUGGUGAAUUCGUGGUGUCAUUGUCAAUAUUUAGGGCCAAAUUAGUAAUUCUAUGGAGCACUUGCACUUUUUUCAUAUUAGUGUACCGCAUGAACUUAUUAUGUGGUUUGGUUUGAGGAGUACAAUGAAUGAUGAAUGCAUUUUAGCAUGAAUCUUUUGGUUAACCAUAUCAAUGGUCAAUGUAAUGUCAAUGAUGAUGCUUUUAAUC